AUGGGGGACACUGUUCUAUUAAAGUUUCGAGCGCGAGGUUUAGAUGAAAAGUGUACGGGUCCUUACAUCAUUAUUAACAUUCGAGAGAACGAUUGCGAGAUAGAGUCAUUGGAAAGCAGAAAGCGUAAAGUUGUACAUGCGAAUAAUCUAAGACGGUUUGUCGUAGAAACAGUUGCUAAUCCAUUGGGUGAGGAAUCGGAAGACAUGCUAAGUUCUGAUUCGGAUGAGUCUACGAUUGAACUUAUUAAUGAGCGUGCUGGAGUACGUUUAGCACCACAUGGAAUCGAUGAUCAAGCAGAACCAUUAAAUUUACAUUAUAACUUAAGACAGAAUCAAAGACAACCCGAUCGUUAUGGAGUAUCUGUGUUGGAUUAUUGA